UAUCACAUGAAUCUGGACUCAGCAGUGGAUGUGAAAAAAAAAAAGUUUGGAGGUCUCGCUGGGAUCACUUUUCUCCAACUAGUUGCACAUUGUGUGCGUGUUUUUUCUUUCACCACUAGAGAAGACUUCUAAGGUCAACGUUUGCAUUGGAAAUCUAUGUGCGUCUGAGCGGUUUUCCCCGGCUGUGAUUUUUCCAAUUUUUAUUUUCCCUGCAGGAAUAACGAGAGAGAGAGAGAGAGAGAGAGAGGGGAGGGAGAGAGAGAGAGAGAGAGAGAGAGAGAGAGAGAGAGAGAGAGAGAGAGAGAGGGAGAAACGGUCUGGCUGCUUGAAGAUUUAAGUUUCGACACCGAACUUUCUGGCGACAUGGACGCGCACCGCGGCGCGCCUCCGGCCGGGCAGCAGAUCGUGCACGUCCGCGGGGACUCGCAGACGGAGCUGGAGGCCCUCUUCAGCGCCGUGAUGAACCCCAGCAAGUCGGUCAGACAGCCGCCCUCUCUGCCCAUGAGGAUGAGGAAGCUGCCGGACUCCUUCUUCAGGCAGCCGGAUUCUCGAGGCCACUCCAGACAAGCCAGUUCGGAUGGAGGUGUGUGUGGCUCCCUCACUCCUCAUCACGUCCGCGCCCAUUCCUCCCCUGCCUCCCUUCCAGUUAACUCGCUCUCCACCCAAGCAGCAGAUGUAGCGGCAGCACCGAUCAUACCUGACGACGUGCCACUCCCCCACGGUUGGGAAAUGGCCAAAACGCCUACCGGCCAAAGAUACUUCCUUAAUCACCUGGAUAAAACAACUACUUGGCACGACCCUCGACUUUCACAGCUUCAGUCGGCUGCAGCUCAGCAUCCCAUCUCUGGCACUCCGGUCCACGCCCACUCCCUCAGCAACCCAGCGCCCACUACGCAACCACAGAACAUCAACCCAGAGACAGGUCCAGUGCCUGAAGGCUGGGAGAAGGCUGUGACUGCAGAUGGAGAGGUGUACUACAUCGAUCACAUAAAUAAGACCACCGCAUGGGUCGACCCGCGUCUAGCCCAGAAGAUGAACCCUGGCAUCCUUGGCUUGGCACUGCAGCAAAGACAGGAAAAGGAAAGGCUCAGAUGCAAACAAGGCCUCCCUCCGCAAAUCACACAGGAGGCAGGAGGAAGGAACCAGAUGCCUGGUGGGAUGGACCAUGACAGGAACGCACAGACGCUUGUUCCUUCGCUGGAUGUCAGGAUCAGAGCAUCCAAUCACGAACCCACACUUAAUGGCGCUCACUCUCGCAACGAGAGCACUGACAGCGGUCUGAGCGUCAGCAGCUUACCCCGCUCAUCGGACCACAUGUUGAGCUCUGUGGAUCACAUGGACACUGGUGACUCCGGCGAGACUUCCUCGAUGACCGUACAGGAGUCGAUGUCUGUGCUCCCAAUGUCUGAUGGUGAGGAGCUAAUGCCCUGCAUCCCUGAGGGUCUCAGUUCAGACCUUCUGAUGGACAUGGAGACCGUUCUCUCUGGGUCGCACAUUGACAGAGACAGCCUGCUCACCUGGCUAUAGACACACCCAGCCACAGCCCCAAAUAUGGUUUGACAUCAAAUCUUCAUGAAAUGACUGAGAAUUCUGGAGAAUCAUUGGCUUCAGUAGUGGUACAGAACAACGUUACAGAGAGAAUGUGCUGAAUGAUGGAUCCCUAACACUACUCGCAUCCUGAGGAAUGGCUCUCGCAGAAGGUGGUAAGCUGCUGGCGUUCUCCUCUUUUUGGGCUCAGUUUUACAGAGAUGCAUGACACAGCAUCCAUAUUUUUCACAACACUGUACAAAGAAUACAGAACUUUAAAAAACACAGUGGCAGGUCAAUGAAGUUUGAUGCAACAGUUAAAUAAAUGUUUAAAAAAUACGACGUCUUCAAAUAACAUAGAAGUUGUUCAAAAGAUGUCAUAUCCACAUUGGCCUCUGUUACCUCAUAUAGCUUGUGGGAUAAAUUAGCAACAUCUAGUGCUGCUACCUCUAAGCAGCCUGUCAUUUGUGAUUUCAAUGCUCGUAGUUGUCCAAAACAUAUCGUCUUAAGAAGCGUCAGGACUAAGAGCAAAAGAUGAAUUUAAGAAAUGAUCUGAAUUAACACUACAUUGGUUCCAUAAAACCAAAUAACAAAGCUCACAUUACCACUGCUACACAGAGAGGCCGGUAGAAGAUUAAGAACACUAACAAGAGUUCAGUUGAAAUGCUCCAAAGCCAAAAAACAGUAUUAAAACCCUCCUCAGUCACUUAUAAGUCUGUAUUUGAAAUCUUUUAAGUUUUUCGUCCUAAAGUUAAGGAGGUUAAGCUUUAUCUUUGGUCACAGUGAAGACUUAUUUCCUAACUAAUCAAAGCCUGUCAAAACCCUUCAUUCAGAGAAAUAACAUUGGGUACUAAAACUUAAAAUAAUGUGUAUUUUAGGACUUCUAUUUGCAGAAAGGAAUGCUGGAAUAUAAAGAGGAUAUCUACAGUGAAUGAACACAUUUUCAGUCUAAUGCAAUCAAACACAAAACAGGGUUUUCUCCGGGAAACUCUAAUCAUGACACAUCCGGUCUUCUGAUCUAUUUAGUUAAUAGUUUUAUUACAUAAAAGUGUGUUAAUUAAAUUACAUAGGCCCAACUCCACACUUAAACCUGCACCAGCCUUGCUAUAAUAUGGCUUUUUUGAAGUUACUAAUACCCAGGUUUUGUUAAUACUGUCUUAUUUGUUGUAUUGGAUUGCAUUUUAUUUUUAAGUGUUCCAUUCAUUUUUUUCCACUCCAGCAUUGAAUAUAAGCUUCACAAAGGUAGUAUUUAUUGGAGAUUUGUUUUAUUUGAUUGCAUGAUAUUGUACAGUUGUGAUAUUAUUAUGUCCGCCCCUUGUUUAAGAAAAUGAUGCCACAGAAUUGCAAUCAGGGCCUUUAUGUUGUCUCUCCUUAGGGUGCAGCAGAGAAUUGAGCUCUCAGCAGCUUCUAAACUGGCCCUGGUCCAUAAAUGAAAAAAAUUAAACUAAUCUUUUUUCCCCCCACUUUUCCCAGUAUUGGCUGAAUACAUUCCUAAUAAUUUAAUUUUCUUCACAUCUUAAACAUGUUUACAUUAUGUGGCAUCAUAGGUUUGUUUUUCCCACAGAAAGACAUUCAACCAGUAACUUUUUAUUUCAGCUCGUUAACUACAAAUCAUCUUCCCAUUUAUUUCGAAAAUCAUUUAGCAGGCUCUUGAAACUAAUUUAAGUUAUGUAAUCGUCUAAUGUGUUUACAUACAUUGCAUCUAUCGCGGAUCACAGUAUCACCAUCCCUUUUUUUAAAAACCCCACCAUUGAUCAGUUAGUUGGAAGAGAAAUAUAAAUAUCCAUCAAUACUGUACAGCAUAACUUUAAUCAGAAUAUUUUACAGCAAAUACAAUCAUUCAUUUUCACCCUUUAAUGGAUAUUUAGGUGGAAUAUCAAAACAAAACAGUAAACUGUAAUCCCUUCCCCUCUUCAUAAUUAUGUGUAAGUCUAACUAAUUUAAAUGUCAUGUAAUGAUUUAAACAACAGAAGAAAGUUUCAAGAUCCUGUUAAUAGAUGUUUUCUAAUAUAUAUAUGGGCACAUUUUAAUUGCCUGGAGCAGUAGAAAAAAAACAUUCAAGUGUCUAAAGCAGAUCAACAUGGUUUGCAAAAUACUUAGCAGUGAUGUAAAUAUGCACUAAAACAUGCAAAAUCACUGGUAGAAUCCUUUUUAAAAUAAUCCUGUCAGUGUCAUGAAGUUAUUAGUUCGCUACCACUCUAUAGAGUUAUAAUAUCCUCUGUCUUUGGCUCCAGUUUUCCACUCUUAAAUAGCCAUUUUGUAAGUGGGAACGAGGAAAAUACUGUGCUUUAAAAGUGGAUUUAAUUGGGAGAGUCAUAGGAUAAGUCAAGGACCUUGUUGUGCCUCUUCAAAAAAGUGGUAUAUUUUGUUCUAACUGCAAGUGCUAUCUGGUGCUGUACGACAGGUGGCAGUCAUCAAUAAGGGGAGCUCUUUAAUUCUCCUUUGUUAGUUACACUAUAUAAUAAGUAUAUAAUCUGUUUUUUAUCCGCUGGGUUGUUUCUGCAGUGUGUUUAUAUUUUAUCUGAAUUUGAAGCUGAGAGACUUUCUUCUAAGCAGCUUCCUUUUUUAUAUAUACAGUAUUUAGAGGUAAAGACUUUUAUUCACAACAACCCCAAAUAAAGAGCCAAGUCACCUGACCUUUUCUAAAUUAAAGUACCAUGGGCCGGGAGCAACUUACAGUUCAAACACAUAUUGCAACACACUACCUAGCCUUUUAUUUAUCUUAGCAUGCAUGACACUUGCUAUGUAUGUUACAUUAUAAUUGUUUUGUUAUCCUAUUUACAGAGCGUUUGGAGGCAAUCAGACUUCUUUUUUUUUACCUUUGUAUGCAUGUGCUUUAUAUAAAUAUAUUUCUUCUUACUCUCACUGUAAUCAUUUUAAAGGAGUUUCUGUUUAAUAAAAAAUGUAAUACACCUGGCAA